AGUUUCGCAUUCCUCUAAAUCUGCUACCCGAGGUUGCUUUACUUCUGAUUAUUUAGUCACUGAAGGAAAUCCAGGAAGCCUUACAACACUGGAGGGGUGAAAUAAAAGCCCAAGGAUCCAGGGAGAGACAGAGAAGUGCUAGAAACCACUCCACCUGAACUGAGCAAAGGAAUAGACAAAGGAACACCAUGGACGUGACCUCAGAGAUCCACAUGCCAAGCCCAUUGUGCCUCAUUGAGAACGCUAUGGGGCAACUGGUAAUUAAUCCAAAAGCUUUGGAGAUCCUGUCUACCAUUACACAGCCUGUGGUGGUGGUGGCUAUCGUGGGCCUCUACCGCACUGGCAAAUCCUACCUGCUGAACAAGCUGGCUGGGAAGAACAAGGGCUUCUCUCUGGGUUCGACGGUACAGUCUCACACCAAAGGAAUCUGGAUGUGGUGUGUGCCUCAUCCCAAGAAGCCAAACCACACACUAGUUCUGCUCGACACUGAGGGUCUGGGAGAUGUAGAGAAGGGCGACAACCAGAAUGACUCCUGGAUCUUUGCCCUGGCCAUCCUCCUGAGCAGCACCUUCGUGUACAACAGCAUGGGAACCAUCAACCAGCAGGCCAUGGACCAACUACACUACGUGACAGAGUUGACAGACCGAAUCAGGGCAAAAUUCUCACCUGAUGAGAAUGAGGUUGAAGAUUCAGCUGACUUUGUGAGCUUCUUCCCAGACUUUGUGUGGACUCUGAGAGAUUUCUCCCUGGACUUAGAAACAGAUGGACAAUCCAUCACAGCAGAUGAAUACCUGGAAAAUUCACUGAAGCUGAAGCAUGGCACCAGUCAAAAAGAUAAAAAUUUUAAUCUGCCCCGACUCUGUAUCCGAAAGUUCUUCCCAAAGAAGAAAUGCUUUGUCUUUGAUCGACCUACUCACCGAAAGAAGCUUGGACAGCUGGAAAACCUACAUGAAGAUGACCUGGACCCCGAAUUUGUACAACAAGUUGCAAAUUUCUGUUCCUACAUCUUUAGUAAUUCCAAAACUAAAACUCUUACCGGAGGCAUCAAGGUCAAUGGACCUCGUCUAGAGAGCCUGGUGUUGACCUAUGUCAACGCCAUCAGCAGUGGGGAUCUGCCCUGCAUGGAGAACGCAGUCCUGGCCUUGGCCCAGAUAGAGAACUCGGCCGCAGUGCAAAAGGCCUUUGCCCACUAUGACCAGCAGAUGGCCCAGAAGCUGCAGCUGCCCACGGAAACCCUCCAGGAGCUACUGGACCUGCACAGGGCCUGUGAGAGAGAGGCCAUUGAAAUCUUCAUUAGGCACUCUUUCAAAGAUGUAAACCAGCUAUUUCAAAAGGAAUUGGCGGCCCAGCUAGAACAAAAGCGAGAUGACUUUUGUAAACAGAAUCUGAAAGCAUCAUCAGAUCGUUGUUCAGCUCUACUUCAGCAAAUUUUCAGUUCUCUAGAAGCAGAAGUGAAAGAUGGAGUUUAUUCUAAACCAGGGGGCUAUCGAUGCUUUAUUCAGAAAGUACAAGACCUGAAGAAAAAGUACUAUCAGGAACAGAGGAAGGGGAUACAGGCUGAAGAGGUUCUGCAGGCAUACUUGAAAUCCAAGGAGGUUGUGAUUGACACAAUUCUACAGACAGACCAGACUCUCUCAGAGAAAGAAAAGGAGAUUGAAGUGCAGCGUGUGAAAGCCGAAUCUGCACAGGCUGCAGCACAAAGGUUGGAGGAAAUGCAGAAGAAGAAUGAGCAGAUGAUGGAACAGAAGGAGAGGAGUUAUCAGGAACAUGUGAAACAACUGACUGAUAAGAUGGAGAGGGAGCGGGCCCAGUUAGUGAAAGAGCAAGAGAGGACCAUCAAUCUUAAACUUCAGGAACAGGCCCAACUACUGAAGGAGGGAUUCCAACGUGAGAGCAACCAACUUCAUAGUGAGAUACAGAAUCUCCAGAAAAGCCUAAGGAAACCAAGGUGUACCAUAAGCUAAAGACCUAAGGAACAGAGCUUUCCUGUCACCCUUAGCCAAGUAAUAACAGAAGCAAUUUUAGAAUUUCGAAUAAGUGUUACAUUUGAUAAAUUUGCCAAGAUAUGUAGUACAUGAAGUCAUGUCUACAUUCCUAAAAAGACUGUAAAUUGUAAAACAAGGAUGCAUUUACCUCUGUACCAAUAACUAGCAAGGUCUUGAGCUAGUGCAACUCAGGAGAAGUUUAUGUACACUGAAUAAAGUCAUAGGUCGAAGUCCUGGGACAUAGAUGGGCACUGGCCAAGCUUACAGUGGGUCCCAAACUCAGGGACAACCAUCCUAGCUUCUUAGUGAAGACCAUGCACAGCUCUCCAUUAUAUUGAGGCUACACAGUCUAUGAGAAAUAAUGUGAUUUCUGGACACUGACAAUGGAGAAUCCUCAAUGAUGCAUUUCAAGCUAAAGCAAACAACCUUACACAGAGAUCUAGAAUUGCUAUAUACUCUCCAUAGGAAGAUGGAAGAAACUGAUAUCAUGCGUAGGAGUUGGGUAAUCAACAAAAGGGCUAAUGAAGAAAACUAACUUCAUGUUCAUUUAUUCCAGAUUAUAACUUUAAUGGGACAUUUUAGACCUUUAGACAAUUAACAAUGGAUUGAACAUAGUCACUUGAGGACAAUUAUGCACUGUAUAUUUUUUAUACUGUGUAAUUUACAAAGAUGAACUUUAGAUGAUAAUAGAUAUUCUGUUAGAAAAUUGACUCGUUUUAUUAUUUGGUUGUUUAUAAUCCUGGCUAGUCUUUUUCUAAUUUUUAGCAGUCAUAUUAAAAUCCUGCUGAUUCUUCCCAAAGGCAAUACAAAAUGUUUUUUGUAUUUUUCUGACCAAUGAAAUAA